UUCAAGUAAGGAGCAGCCAGCCCCGUUUUCUCUCGCCAGCGAAAGGAGAAGCUGGAAGAAGACCAUUACUUCUCUCCCAGCCACCGUGCACCUCCGCUCUCCGCCGCGCCAGGUGUGUCAUUACCCGGGGCUACCUGUUGACAGGGGCCCCCCACGUCCUUCCUGCAACCCCUCCUACACAGCAAGAGGCAGCAAUGGGGUGUCUCGUAUCCUUUCUGAGAUCCUUAAGGUCCUACCACGGGUCCCAUCUCACCCCACGCCAGCUGGAGAGACAGAGGAGGCAGAGAUCUCAAAAAUCCCAAUGCUGCUUCUCACCAUCACCGUUGCCCUCCUGGCGCUAACUGCUGCAGAGCCCGAACCAAGUCCUGUCGCCGCCCCUGCCCCUGCCCCUGCCGCCAAGCCUGACCCCGCCCCCAAGCCUGCUCCAAAGCCUGACUACCGCUACAGCCGCUACGACAGCCUGGAAAGCCUUGAGAGUGACGAGUACUAUGGAGUGUCCCCUAGAAGCAGUUACAGCGUUAGUGGCGGCAACGUUGGCACUAAGUACAUCGUGAAGACAGUUGGGACUAGCCUCGGCACUGGUCUGGGGAGUGGUCUUGGCUACACCAGCAAUGAAUAUGACAAUUACUACGGCACUCUCACUGGCACUCCUUACACCUCCAGCCUCGGGUCUCUUGGCACUAUCUACGGAGGAUCUGGCACUCAUGGGAUUCAAGGCACUCAGGGCAUUGGAGGCUUUGGCACUGGUUAUACUGGAACUGCUGUCUUUACUGGCACUCCUGGCUUCACUGGCACCCAUGGCUUCACUGGCACUCCUGGCUUCACUGGCACUGGUGUGUAUAGCGGACCUGUGUAUGAAGGACCUGGUGUGUAUAGCGGACCUGGUGUGUAUAGCGGACCUGGUGUGUAUGGCGGCUACAGGUUCAACAGUGCUGAGAGGAACAUUGGAUCCUAUCACCUCGGGGGCGGGAACCCUUACGGUGACUUCCACGGGGGUUUCGGCCACGGGGACUUCGGUAACAGAGGAUUUGGCGGCAAGCGUCCCUUCCCCUACGGUCGUUACAAUUAAAGGUCACCGAGGCAAGCCCUUUAACAUCCAACGACCUUUACCUACCGUCCCUUAAUCCGAGAUCAAGCUCCUUAAAGCCCAAAUUGACCUUUAACUCAAGUGUUUUACUAUUUAAAGACCCAAAACAAGCCUUUUAAAAUCUAAACUAAGGUCGUUGCCAAGGACAACCCGGCAAGCAAGCCAUUUAAAAUCCAGAGACCUUUAAUCAGUACAUCACUCUUUAAACGCCCGCAAACGAGCCCUUUAAAGUCCAGUGACCUUUAAAACAACGUACCUUACUUUUUAAAGGUUCUCCAUACUAGCCUUUUAAAUUUAAUUGACGUCUCUUAUUCUUUAAAAGAUCAUCAAGCGAAUGUUUUCAAGUUCAGAGACCUUUAAUUUAGUCUUCCUUGCUCCUAAAACCUAAAACCACCUUCAAAAUCAUUCCAAUCUGAAAAAAUAUGACAACAAAUUCGAUAAAAAAAAUACACAUAAUUAUCUGGUUUAAUUGAGUUCAUGAUUCUGAGGGUGGCUGAGAAGCACUAGUAUUGUCAAUCUGGUAUGUUUUUUUGUAUGGCAGAAAUAAAUGAGUGGAAAGAGCAUCAUAA